CGUUUUGGGGCAAAUUGAUAGAGGGAGAGAGAGAGAGAGAGAGAGAGAGAGACAGUGAUCGAUCGUAUUAUUGUGUUAGAAGGAGACAGCACUGAGCCGGUACUAAGUGACCUUGACAGUGAAGCGGCGCUUCGCUUCAAAACAUACCAGCCCCACCCAACAACAAGUGCUUGAAACAAUGUUUCUGCUGCUUCUCGUGGCGCUGAUCGUGAUCGCCGGAUCAUGGGUUCUGGUGACGGUCUUGCGCAAUCGAAACACCGUAGCCCGAUUGCAGAAGCUGUUUCCAAGGUUUGGGUGUGUUCCGGCGAUUCCUAUUCUUGGAUCGGCGCACCUUUUCAAAGACCCAACUCCGGCUGGUAUCUUCAAAACAUUCGUCGGAUUCCAUCGAGUUUACGGGCGCAACCUGAUCACGCAGGGCCUGUUCAAUAACCCAUCGUUCCAGAUUUGUGAGCCUGCAGUCAUCGAGCAGGUGAUGCAGGCGAAGACGAUCGAAAAGACAAUUAUUUAUGACUUCAUGAUGCCCUGGUUAGGAUCGGGAUUGGUUGUGUCAACCGGUGCAAAGUGGGCACAACGCCGUAAGGUCAUUACGCCGACCUUUCACUUCAAGAUUCUGGAGGACUUUCUCGUCAUCAUGAAUCACCAGACGGACGUGCUGAUCGAGAAGCUGGGGGCGCAGGUUGGUGGACCAGAUUUCGAUAUUUACGAGCAUGUCACAUACUGCGCAUUGGACAUCAUCUCCGAGUCAGCGAUGGGUGUGAAGCUGAACACGCAGCAUAAUCCUCACGCGGAAUAUGUCGAAGCAGUUAAAGAAAUUUCAGACAUCAUCUUCAAGCGCCUGUUCUCUCUUGCGCGAGAGUACAAGUGGGUGUUCCGUUUCCAGAAGGCAUCACGGCGGUAAGAUGAAUUAGUGAAGGUCGUGCACGACUUUGCACACCGCGUGAUCAGCGAGCGCAAGAAACAGCUGGAAGAUGAACGCGAGCGUCAACGGGCAAACCAGAAGCUCGAGGAAACGGACGUCUAUGGGAAAAGACGGAUGACGCUACUCGAUCUGCUGCUAAACGUGACCAUCGAUGGCAAAGCGCUCUCUGACACCGACAUUCGUGAGGAAGUGGAUACAUUCAUGUUUGCCGGACACGAUACAACGACCUCGUGUAUCAGCUUUGCUUGCUACCAUCUCUCUCGUAACCCAGCAGUCCAGCAGAAGGUUUAUGAAGAAAUUCAAGAAAUCAUUGGUCCUGAUGCGGGCCGGAUCGAGCUGACCAACAGUACGCUCCAAGACUUACGGUAUCCGGAUCAGGUGAUUAAGGAAACGUUGCGCAUGAACCCUUCGGUACCGAUCAUCGGACGCCGAUCGGCCGGCGAUAUGACCAUCGAUGGUGUCCCGGUUCCCAAAGGAAUGGAGUUUGGUGUUCUCAUUUAUGCGCUCCACAAUGAUCCGGAACUGUAUCCAGAGCCAGAGCGCUUCGAUCCGGAGCGAUUCAGCGAUGAGGCACAGGCUGCAAGGCCACCGUACAGCUACAUCCCGUUCAGUGUUGGUGCGCGCAACUGUAUCGGUCAGCGGUACGCUAUGCUGGAGAUUAAAACCAUGCUGGUGAAGGUGCUGGCUAAUUAUAAACUGUUACCGUGCGAGGACAACAACCAGCUUCUUAUCAAAACGGAUAUGACGCUGAAGCCGGUCAAUGGUGCGUUCGUGAAGGUUGUGAAGCGUCACUAAACCGUCCAUAAGAGAUGCUUUUCCGACUGUAUGCGUUGCUAAAAACUAACAACAUUGCUACGGUUGCAUGUAUCUUCGGUUUCAUGGGGAUUACAAACACCAUAUCUUGUUUGUUCUCGAUAAACCUCAUACUUAAAAUGCACCAGGCAUCUCAAUGAGCUCUUCUACGAUACUUUUUAAACAAUCCUUAGUACUUAGGCUAGACUGUUCUGGCCGGGAUUUACAUCCUUCCUCUAGCAAUCGGCUGGCCAUAUAAGCUACAAUUAAAGCCAGGGUCCUCGGUUGGUGCAGAUGUAUGUUUGUAAUUCAUCACUAGUAUCAUAAACAGCUGUAAUCCCUCCGAUAUCGUUCUACGUAGUAUACGAAACGUAAAGAAAGCAGAAGGGUGUCUUUAUUAACCAUUACUUUAAUAAGCCCAGACGAUGUAGAGUGAACAACAAAUUGGAAGUAAUUAUGUUUUAUGACAUUAUUCUUCUAGUUCUGUUGUUGUAUGCUAUUUCGGGAAUAAUUAACGAAAUCGAAUAUUAAUUCAAAUGAUUGUUUUGAAGAUGCACCGUUAUAGAAAUAUAUGUUUUUCAUAAUAAAAUCAUAUGUUUAAGUAACCACAA